AUGGGAUAUGAUGUAGUGUGGUUUUAUCGGGAUAUGCUCGGGAAUGCCACGCAGGCGGUGGACUCCAGCGGCACAUGCCCCUGGACCAAUUGCAGUGUGGGGGGGUGUGAGGCGGGAUACGAGGCGAUCAACUCCGAGAUUUGUCUGGAUUUGCAGCACUGCCCGGAACAUCUGGGUUUCUGUCGUAAAGAGCAGUGUUGUCCUCUAAGAACUAGCGUUAUGUGCUGUCCGCUGCUGCCCUGCAACGUGACGUACGACGAGGGAGACGAUCCACGGCAGUUCGCAGCCCAAGGCGCAGGCGAAGGAGGUGGCAAGCAGUCCCACGGGCCGCUCGUGGCGCUAAUCGUCAUUGGUUGUUUGCUGCUGGCGGGCUGUACGACAGGCAUCGUACUGUGGUGCUGCGGCCUUUUGCCGGACCUGCACAACCUUCGAAUCCGGAAUCUCACGUCAUACGAGCCCAUCUUCACCGGCCAGCCGUACACACCAAACAUGGGCAGCCACCGCCGAAGUCACGCAAUGCCGCCGGCAAGCACUGACGACAUUCCUUGGAACCGCUUCUGCGCCGCCGUCAUGGAAGCUAGCCGCCGGCUGCUGUACGGCAGACGCUACAUCGAGGAGUCGGCCAGCGCCGCUGCCGCGGCGGAGCGCUACCGCACACUCAACUCUCUGGGUCGCUUCCGGGGGCCGUCCACUGCCGCCAGUGGCGGCGCCGCCGCCGGCGAUACUGACAAUGAAGUAGAGCGAGGAUGGCCGCCAGGCAAAGGCCCUGCGACCCCGGGGUCGCUCGCUUUAUCGCCGUACUUAACCAGCCGGCAUAAGGCCCAACAACAAGAUGACGACCUGGGAGUUGACGAGGUGUUCACGCUGGAAGAUCUUGGCGCCGACAACGCCGGGAUGACGCCGGUAGCUGUGGCGGCGGCGUGGCGACCUUCUGCGGCUGUGCAAUUGCCUGUCAGCCGGUCAGCCGUGGUGGCAGCAACCGUUGGUAGCGCAAUGAAGCCGUCGCAGCCGCUGCGCGCCAGCAGCCUUGCCCCCGCUGCCUCCACCACGGCCCCUCCUCCCGCGGGGCCUUGGAUGUUGCGGAGCCGACACAUGAGCACCACCAGCGCCACCGGGGGCCUUAGUUCAGGGGCGAUACCGGCGCCGAUGGCUGUGGAGCUGAGCGGAGAGCCAAUCAGCCGUACGUCCGCCGCCGCCACGGCCGCAGGGACCGGGAUCGUCAAUGACGGGACGAUGACCACACCCCCGGGACAAGCUCUUCUUUUAAGGUUGAAUCAGUUUCAGCACGGUAAUAAUGACGGGUAUGGUGGUGGAAAUCUGUACGGCGGUGGCGGUGGCCAUGACGUUAUCCACACACGGCCGCUGGCGCUGGGGGACGGUGGGGGUGACGACGACGACGCGGCGGAGGUACCGCCCGAAGAUGUGGACGCGCCGCUGCGAUGGUUACCAAGUCCCCAGAUAACCGGGAGUUAG